UUCCGUUCCUGCCACCUCCACUUCCUCCCCUCUCUUUCUUCCCCCGGGUAUUAUUGACGUCUGUCUGUCUGUCUGUCUGUCUGUCUGUCUCCCCAUUGUCCUCCUCUCGGCCUGCUGCCUGGUGCCUGCAACUUCCCUUCAAAAUGAACAAGUUUCGUUUUGGCGACUCCGACGAGUCGGCGUCCGAUCUCGAUGACGAUACUUCCGGCCUGCCAUUUCCACAGCCUCUGUCUCGGGCUUCUUUUCUUGCACCUGAUUUCGACCCCGCCGUAUACCUCUCCUCCUUGACCAACCGACACCAGAGUCUGGAAGACUUGCGACAAGAGUUGCGGGAUCUAGACCAGUUGCUCAGUCGGGAACUGCUCGACCUGGUCAACGAGAACUAUCAGGAUUUCCUGUCCUUGGGCAUUGCACUGCAAGGAGGGGAGGAGAAGGUCGAACAGGUCCGCGUCGGACUCCUGGCCUUCCAGCGGGAUGUGCGGGCCAUUCGCGACAAGGUGGAGGCCCGGCAGCAGGACGUGGAAGGACUACUGAAAGAGAAAAAGCGAUUGAAGAGCGAAGUCAAUGUCGGGCGCGCGCUACUGGACUAUGCUGAUCGCAUUGAGGAGCUAGAAAGAAAGCUGAUGAUUGGUGACACCGCUCGUCAACCGCGCAACAAACCCUCCGCCACCACCGAGCCCGAGUCGGAUUCCGAUCUGCUGGACAGUGCCAGCGAUGACAGUGAGGAAGAGGAACUUGCUAACGGACCGCCAGCAACACCGCUCGUAUCGCUGAAGACUCUCGAGCAUCAUAUCCAGAAGUAUUUGUACUUGACGAGGCUGUCGGCCCGUAUUAGCGACCAACAUCCCUUCAUCCUAGGUCAACAAUCGCGCGUCGCGAAGAUCCGAUCAGCUGUGCUCCUGGACCUGAAGACGGCCUUGGACCAAGCUAGCCAUGCGGGAGAUAAGCGGGACAAGAGAACGAUGGCUAUCUUACGUCUCUACAAGAUCAUGGGUGAGGACGCCACGGCAGUGUCCACACUCAAGAACCUGAAAUCUUAAACAUCUUGAUGAGACAGCGAAAGCCACUUUUGCAUAGCGUCGGCGUUGGGAAACUUCUUAUGCUUUGAGGAUAUAUGUCAAACAAUACCAUUAUACACCGUGUCCUGCCUAAUG